ACAUCCCUUGAGAUCAGCGGACGGAAGCAACGUUCGCUCAGUGUUGUGUAGCUUUGUCCUCGUCGGGGACACUCGAAUUGUGAGAUCUUGGGACGUUUUUAGCGAUAAUAUGCAAACUCCGAAAAAGGGCUCUUCGCCCUCAACGAAGAAGGAACGACCGGUGCCGAGGUCUUCGUUCCCGGUUUCUCGGAUAAAAACCAUCAUGAAGUCGUCCCCGGACACUAACACAAUCGGUGUGGACGCAGUUGCGCUCACUUCUCGAGCCGCCGAGCUGUUCGUCGUUUACCUAGCGAAGCAGACCUUGAAAGCCGGGAAAACGAAUACUGUGGACUAUCCCGAUCUUUACAAGGUCAUUCACGGGAACUCCAUGCUGGACUUCCUUUAUGAUAUCAUUCCCAAAAAAAUCACCUUCAAAGACUGCAAGCAGAAGAUCGAGGAGGCCGACCGCAAAGAGAAGGAGGCCAUAAAGGACAUCGAAAUAUGAAAGUUUCCCAAAUUAUCUCGGAGUACCUUGUAAAUAGUUUCUGUGUAAAGCGUAUGAUUAGCAAUGACGAUUAUUUGAAACAAGAAAGAGAAGGCUUGUUGAGGGUU